GAACGACGCGUGACCAAGACGUCAUCAUCGCUUGCCGCCGCUAAGGGACGAGUGUGUGGCGUGUGGUAUUACUGUAUUAUAGCAAAGAGUCACACGGUUGCAGUUUUAUGUUCCUGGUACGUUCCCUUUUCAAGAUGUCAGGCCACACACCCUCACUCAUGAGACUGGAACAGAAGGCCGUGGAGGCCGAGCAGAUCAUCGAAUACCUCAAGCAGCAGGUCCAGCUGCUGAAGGAGAAGGCCAUUGUGCAGGCCACACUAAAAGAAGAGAAGAAACUGAUGGUGGAGAAUGCCAAACUCAAGAAGGACAUCGAGGAACUGAAGGAACAACUUCUUGACAAGGAAAAGACGAGAGGAGUGAUAGACGUGCCUUCUGCCGAGCCCAGUGUCCAGUGUGUGUCUAAACCCACAUCUGCAGAUCCACCUGUCCCAGCAGCCACUUCUGCUCCCGCCACAAAAACACCAUCAGCCAAAAACAACGACGAGGCUAAAAAGAUGAAAGCCGAGAAGAAGGGUGAGAAGAAAGAGAAGAAGGCAGUGGCGCCUCCUCAGGAAGAUGCGAAAGUGGACGUGUCUCGACUGGAUCUGCGAGUUGGCCGAAUCAUCAGCGCAGAGAAGCAUCCUGACGCAGACUCGCUCUAUGUGGAGCAGGUGGAUGUGGGUGAAGCGGCUCCACGCACUGUGGUCAGCGGACUGGUCAAACACAUCCCUCUGGACCAGAUGCAAAAUCGAAUGGCCGUGCUCCUCUGCAACCUGAAGCCGGCUAAGAUGAGAGGUGUUUUGUCCCAGGCAAUGGUCAUGUGUGCCAGCUCUCCAGAGAAGGUGGAAAUCCUGGAUCCCCCGAGUGGAGCCAUGGCUGGCGACAGGAUCACCUUCCAGGGCUUCCCAGGUGAGCCUGACAAGGAGCUGAACCCCAAGAAGAAAGUGUGGGAGCAAGUCCAGCCAGACUUGCUCACCGAUGAUCAAUGUGUGGCCACUUACAAGGGAGUUGCUUUUGAGGUCACUGGCAAAGGAGUGUGCAAAGCUCAGACAAUGAGUAAGAGCGGCAUCAAAUAGGAAAUUUCCCCCUGUGAGAAAGCCUAUUCUCUGACCUCUUGUGCUGUAUGAAGGGAUUAAUAAAGUAUUUGAAUACUA